UUGCAGAGCCACAAGUCUUUCCGCACCAAGCAGAAGCUCGCCAAGGCGCAGAAGCAAAACCGCCCGAUCCCCCAGUGGAUCCGUCUCCGGACCGGCAACACCAUUCGCUACAACGCGAAGCGGAGACACUGGCGCAAGACCCGCCUGGGCAUCUAA